UCAACGUGCAGUGCAGUCAACGGUUGACUGUAAAGAAGAUAACCAGAAAGACAUAAGGAGGCAAAAAGGAAUCUGACAAAGAAAACAUUCCAUCCAUUUAAAAGAGAACUGGGAAACGCUUGUGUGUAACAGGGAGAGCAAAGCACGAUAUCUCUGACAAAUCAUCUUCUAGUUCAAGGGAACCGGAUUCAGCACAUUUUUCCGGGUGCUUUCAAUGGCUUGAUGAACCUAGAGGAGAUCUCUCUCCACACUAAUCGAAUGACCAAUAUCGAGGAGGGAAUAUCCAAAGGUCUUCCAAACCCUGAAUGGUAGAAAUAUAAGAGAGCUGAAGGAAGAGGACACAAGUGGAGAAAGCAAACGGUCCACACCAUUUCUACUGCCUUGCUCACAUGCAGUAAACACUUGGGAUGUGUAGAUAAGAGUGGUGCACUCAAACUUAUAAUUGCUUUUACAAACAUCAUUUUGAGUGGUUAUUCAGCUGCAACUGAGAUGAGAAGACAUAUGCAUUUAAAAAUUGCACUAGUAAUCAUUUACAUACUUGUGCACUUGCACUGGAGCUGCACUGAAGAUAUAUGUAAAAAAGGUGAAGAAUGCAAAAAUCAAGACGUGUAUGACAAAACCGUGACAGCAAUCCCUGAAAAACUAAAAGAUGGAGCCGAUGAAAUAUUUUUUGUAAACAGUAAGAUUCCUGUUAUACCAAAAGGAGUUCUUUCUAAAAACCCUCAAAUAAAGAAAAUCGAAUUUCUUGGUACUUCAACACACUCUGUAGAGGCUGGAGCCUUUGAGGGUUUGCCUGAUAUCACGACCAUUGAGAUUUCUGGCACAGAUGUGACAUCAUUACCUGUGGGUGUUUUUAAGGAUCUCAAUAACCUUCAAAAACUUGUUUUAAAAAGUAACAAAAUACAUAGCCUUGAAAACGGGUUAUUUGAUGAUUUAAAAAACCUUCAGGAACUAUAUUUACAUAUGAAUGAGAUCAGUUCCAUUGAGGAAGGGACAUUUGACAAUUUAGAGAAUCUCUUGAGUCUUCAUCUUGCAAAAAACGUUCUACGUUCUGUAUCGACAUCUCUUUUUUCCAAUCUUAAGAGCUUGAAAUUGUUCAGGCUUUAUGAGAACCAGUUGACUGCUCUACCUGAUGGGAUUUUUGAUAAUCUCCCUGUUUUGGAAGAGAUAGCCUUGCAAGGCAACAAAAUAUCCUUUUUACAACCAAAUUUAUUUCCACAUAAAAGUAAAUUGAAAAAACUCUAUUUAGACAAUAAUCUUUUAACAGAACUGCAGCCGGAUCUAUUUGUUGGUUUCCCUUCAUUAAAGAUUCUUACUCUGCACAACAAUCAACUCACCAGUCUUCCCAAUGUCCUUUUUGGAGAAAUGGGUAGCAUAGCUGAAUUAAGUCUAAGCCAUAACAAUCUCACUCACUUACCAACUGGAGUUUUCAGUCCACUUAAGAAGCUAAAGAAGUUAGACCUUUCCUCAAACCAGUUUUCAAUUAUAUCUGCAGACUUUUUUGAAGGUCUUGAGAAAUUGACUGAUCUGAAUAUUAUAGAUAGCAAUAUAGAGUCAUUAAAACAAGAGGACUUUAAAGAACUAAAGUCUCUUUCAACACUCAGACUGGGAAAUAAUAAACUACAAAGCCUCCCUGGCGAUGUUUUUGACACUCUUCCACUUCUCAGUAAACUGUACCUGGACAAGAACCCAUGGAAUUGUGACUGUAGCCUGUUGCCAUUCUAUGAAUGGAUGAAGAAUAAUAAGCACAAGAUUAAAUCAAAAACUCCAGAAGUUUGCGAGUUUCCAAAAAAUCUGCUAAAUCAAUCAAUCAUCUCUUUAACAGAAGAACAAUUAAUAUGCCUCACAACUUCACCACCUACCACCCCUCUCCUUACAAGUACCGUUCCCAUGACCACACUGCACACCACAACUGCCUCAACAACAAAGUUAACCUCAACGACAGCAGCGCCUACAACAACUACUGCUUUACAGACCACAACCACACCUACUCCAACAAUACCAACAACAGCUCAACCAACUACAACACAGACAACCACCACAGCACCAACUACUCAACUCACAACUUUGCUACUAAAUACAACCACACUACCUACCACCACUGCUACAACUACAGCUCCAGCUGUAAUCCCCACCACUAUUACAAGCCAGAAAACGACAGCAACUACCUUACCACCCAGCACUACUACAAGGAAAACAACACCUUUUCUCACCACACAUAGUAGUUUCAUCUGUACCGACUCUCUUCAGGCCCCUCUCUCAACACCUACUACCACCAACAAGUACUCGUCAUGUAAGGAACUGAUGAUAUAUUAUACUACAAUACUGCUGGUGGUAAUCUGCUGUACUAUGUUGCUGGCCAAAUUAGCUUAUUCACUAUACUGCUCUCUGGAGCAAAGGGAGAGACUGCACACCCAAGUCAACUUGACUCACUUUUCCUAUACUAAGUCCACUAUACUCAGACCAGUUGAUGAGACAGAGACUGUAGCUCUUUGAUCUUUAAUUAUUUUUUUUUACUUUACUUUAGUGUACAAUAGUAUCCACAUGUCUGAAUCCACUUCUUCUGUUUAACUAUUAAAAUAACACUUUUUAUAUUAUAUAAUUCUAUUGUAUGAUGCAUUAUAUACAUUUUUAAUUAUAAUAUAUCAUCAGCAGAACAAUUUAAGUGAAGAGUUUAAUUCAAAACAUGUACAUUUAAAAAUUUUAAUAUUUAGUAAGUUGUCCUUUGACAGCAGCACUCUAACUGCAUAAGUUGGUGUAAAACAUGAUGAUCCAAAGAGUAUCUUGUGUGCCUCAGUAAAAGCAAGAACAUCUGUACAAAGUAGUUUAUACGGUAAAUGUUAAAAAUGUGCCUAAUUAUUUUAGGUUAUAUAUAUCCUUAUAUAACCUAUAUCUUUUGGCAGAAGGACAACCCACAAUGCCUUUAUAUGAGGAUCAGAUAGCACAAUAUGUUUAAUGUGUAUUAAUGCGUGAUGUGGAGGCAAAGAACCACCUGACUUGCAGAGGUAAAAACAGAAGUUCAAAUGUGUGUGAUCUUCAAGAAUCAGAUAAAAACACAUAUCUUCCAUCUUUAUUUGACCCUCUAACUUUAGCACUCACUAUUCUAAUUCUAUUCUUAAAAAUAAAAAAAAAUCUAACUAGCUUUCUAAUCUUUUU